AUGGUCGGCCGAACGUCAACACGUGCUCCGCGAGCAUCGACUACUUCGACGACACGCGCUACCAAAUCCACACGCGCAUCAUCUGCGAGGCAGUCUUCGAAUGCAGUCGAAAUCCCCGAUGAAGGCCUCGUGACCUCACUCCGAACACAAAUCGCUCAAGUCUUCAGCGACGCACAAAAGACAACUGCGACUCAAAGGAAGCUAGUGGUGAACUUGAGGAAGAUACAAGAAGCAUGCUGCUUCGAGCCACCAGACACCGGCAAGAAGGGCGGGAAGAAGAACAAGGGCGAGGAACAGGAGGACUUCGACGAGGAGGAGUUCAAUGCCGAGAUUGUGAGGUGCGUACUCAGGAUCAUGUGCGUCAAGAAGAGCGAGCCGGUUGGAGAUAGGGUGAUCCGCUUUCUGGGCAUAUUCCUGAAGCAUGCUUCCGAGAAGGACCAAACGAUCUUCGCUGCCGAGACAGAGGAAGAAGCCACAGCUUUCCACGAGACACCCAGCAGUCGACUGACCUCCCAAAUCCUCACCACCAUCCUCGCACUACUGACGGCCAAGGACAAGACGAUCCGCUUUCGAGCCACACAGACGGUCGCACACAUCGUAAAUAGCCUGACAACAAUCGACGACGAAAUAUUUGACCUGAUAAGAUUGGGUUUUAUGAAGCGUCUACGAGACAAGGAACCCUCAGUGCGUGUACAGGCCAUCUUGGGCUUGGGUCGUCUUGCUGGUAACGACGAUGAGGAUCAGGAAGACGAAGAUAGCGACGAUGAAGGCGCAGGCGGUAUCCUGGAAAAGCUUCUAGACAUUAUGAUUAACGAUCCGAGUGCCGAAGUGCGACGCGCUGUGCUGUUAAAUCUACCACUGUGGCCAUCCACCCUCCGAUAUAUCCUAGAGCGAGCUCGAGACAUGGAUGCGACCACCCGCCGACUAGUAUACGGCAAAAUUCUGCCAGCCUUGGGCGACUUCCGACACAUGUCGCUUGUUGAGCGAGAGAAGCUCAUUCGAUGGGGUCUUCGGGAUCGAGAUGAUCUCGUUCGCAAAGCUGCUGCGACUUUGUUCCGUGAACGAUGGCUCGAGGACUGUGCUUCUUCGCGCGACACCCGGCCUGAAGAGGAGAAGAAGCCGGGAGAUGUUGCUCCUCCAAACCUCGAAGCGCUUUGUGAGCUUCUUGAGCGUAUUGACGUUACCCGUUCUGGGGAAGAAGACGGUAUGGCACACGAAGCGAUGCGCCAAUUCUGGGAUGGCCGGCCGGAUUACCGCAAAGAAAUCACAUUUGAUCAUGAGUUUUGGAACAACCUCGAUGCGCAGACGGCGUUCAUUGCACGCACGCUGAACGAUUACAGCCACAGCACCGACGACGAGAGGGUGCAAAGUAUGAUCGAGGACAAGAUGCCGGAAGUCACCAUGUUUGCUUUUGUCCUACAGAGGGAGCUCAAUUCCCUCAUGGAGUUGGUAGACAAGGUCGCUGUCAUGGAAGAGAACGAUCCGGAGGUUGAAGAAGCACAGGAAGACGUCGAGGAGCAGGACUUCAUUGUCCAGCAACUACUUCAUAUCGCCCACACCCUUGACUACACGGACGAGAUGGGUCGUAGGCAAAUGUACAACAUCAUGCGUGAAGCUAUCGCCAAAGCUCAGCUACCGGAGGAGUGCACCAAGCUUGCUAUCGAGGUGUUACGGAAGGUCUGCGGCAGUCGUGGCGAAAAGGACUUCACUGCUCUUAUCGUAGAGGCCAUUGCGGAUGUUCGCGACUCUUUGCUAGAUGCCGAUGACGCCACAGUUACAGGUGAGGAUGCUGAAGAGAGCUUCCAUUCCGCACAAUCUGAUGCGGAUGGCGACGCACCGUUGAUCAAGCCCAAAACUGCAAAGGCUACGGAGAACCUUACUGAAGAAGAGAAGGAGGAGCGACAGAUCCGUGAAGUGAUGGUCUACUCGAAGUGUCUGCAUAUCGCUCAAUGUACACUUCAGAACGUAGAAGGCGAUCUGGAGUCGGAUACUUCGCUCACCAGCAUCCUAAACACACUCAUCAUCCCUGCAGUUCAAGCUCAUCAGGCUAUGAUUCGAGAACGCGGUGUCAUCUGCUUGGGUCUGGCCGCCCUCCUUAGCAAAGAUCUCGCUGACAACAACCUCGACCUGUUCUUCCAUUGUUUCAUGAAAGGCCACGACGCCCUCAAAGAGAUUGUUAUCCAAGUUCUGACUGAUGUAAUCAUCACACAUCCUCAAUUCCUUACGCCUACGAUUCCAGACCCAGAUGCUUCGACAGAAGAUGCAGAGCCCAUCAUCAACCCGCGCAUUCGCCCCGUUACCAAGAUACUGCUGAAAGCCUUCAGCUCGGAUAACAAGCGCAUUAGCUUAAUCUCCUGCACCGCGGCGUCAAAGCUUCUUCUCUUGGGUAUCCUGCCCCCUCAAUCCACGACUGAAGUCCUCAAAGCUUUCGUCCUGACGUACUUCGACCCUGAGACGGCAACGAACCCAGCAUUGAGACAAGCGCUCAGUUACUUCUUGCCCGUGUACUGUCAUUCUAAGCUCAAAAACGCCAAACUCAUGAGUGAGAUUGCCGUGCCGGUGAUCUCAAAACUGCUCAUUAUGCGCGAUGAGAACGUCGAGGAAGAAGAUGUCGAUGAGAUGGUGGGCUGGCCUGUCAUCACUGCUCAUCUUGCCGAAUGGACCGAUGGACGUAAAGUCGUGGGCGCGACCGAACUUGGUCUCGACGGAAAGACAAGUACCAUUGCCGAGGCUGAAGAACCACAUAUGCAGCUCGCAAUCGACAUUUUGGAACGCGCAUUGACGAGUACAUGCUCGAAGGAUGAGCGAAAGCCUUUGCUCUCACUAUUAGGUAAACUGUUCAUCACCCCUUCUGGUACGAUUCGCAAGGGAGAAGAAGGCGCCGUCGACGAAGAAAGCUUCCGCACUCUACACGAGCUAGUAUCUGAGGCUGUAGAAGGAAAAAUCGGCACAGAUGCUACACAGCGCAACGCCUUGAUCAAACUGGAAUCCACUUUGACCAAACGACUGGGUGAGGCGGCCACACAAGUCCAAGACACAGAGGUAGAGCGUACAGCUACACCCGAGGUGACUGUCGCUACCGAUGCUACUGAAGUCAAUGAAGAAGAAGAGACGGAGGGUGAUGUCACUGAAACCUCUGCGUCGCGUACUAAGCGGAAGUCUGCAGUACCGCAGGUCGAUGAUGAUGAUGAAGAAGAAGAAGAGGAAGAGGAGGAUGAAGAUACCAUGCUAGCAGGUAUGCAGGGUGAAAGCACACGGAUGCCCCUUGAAGAAGACGACGACAACGAAGAUGAAGAAGAUGAUGAGUCUGCGGCUGGACACAGUACGUUGACGGUUGGAAGGGACGAUAGGAGAUCGGGGAGGACGACAGUAACCGAAGAUGACAUCAUGAAGAGUCUGCUGCAGAGUGAAAUGGAGCACUCUGCUUAG